AUGGUUUAUCGCGGGCCUGCACGGGGUUGUCAGAGGUGUAAAGACCGCCACGUUAAGUGUGACCUAAAGCGCCCCGUCUGCAGACAAUGCGCAAAACUGAAAUUCAGCUGUCCGGGCUAUGGCCACGAGCUCGAUGUGAUCCUUAGGAAUCAGACGGCAUCCGUUCUAUGUCGCAAUCGACGGAAAGAUGCACGAAGACUUCAGAAUCAGUCGUCUGAUCAGCAGAUACGCAGUACUAUGCCCAAGGGUCUCUCGCAAAGCGUGGAGAUUCGUGCAUUGACCUUUUUGUUCAAGUCAAGUACUAUUGUAUACAAGAAAGAUAGAAGAUCAAGUCAUGGGCACCUUGACUUCCUUCAAAACCUCUAUGACAGAGUUACAUCAGACUCAGCCCUGGCGCUCGCCACGACAUGGUUUGCUGUCCUGAUUCUGGGAUUGUGCGACAAGAGCGGGCGCCUUUACCGUAGAGAAUUGAAUCGGCUCUUGAGUCGUGCAAUCCGAAGCGUUUCAGAGGCAAUCGAAAAUCCCAGGGAUAGCAUUACGAAAGAAACAUUGACUGCCGUUGUCCUUCUUGCUCAUGGAGAGCAUCUACAGUACACGAAAAAGCAGAGUGACCUGAAACCGAAUUUACUAGUCCACCAGGACGGUGCAGAGGCUUUAAUCAGGAAGCGAGACAGGUUGAACUUUCAAGACAGCACAUCAAUUGCGCUUUUCAAUGCCGUUCGCCAUAAUGCUGUCAGUAUGGCAUUCGCUGGGGUUAGACCUAUCCGUGAAAAUUGGGCGAUGUGGGCUGUUGAUAGUGAUGACCAGGCUCGUCAAUUGUGCGACUGUUAUACUCUUGCCACUGAGUUGGAUGCGUGUUGUCUUUCAAUACUGUCUUUGAAGGAUAAGAUGAUGUGCGCGGAUGUCAGUGGGUAUGCAGAAUUGCAAACAGAACUGUCAUCGCUCCUUGAACGUCUGAGGUGUUGGCAACACGCUCUUCCGAGCGAAUGGUUCCUUGGUCUGCCUGCAGGUACCCAUUCAGAAACCAAGUCAUUAGAGGUCUGCUACCUUUUCAACGACUGGAAUCUCCUCCAACUAGCUGUCAGGCAUCUCCUGAAAGAGCUGAGAUUGAAUACCAUAGGUCCGGGAUUCUAUGCCUCUGAUUUCUCCGACGAGCUGGACUUGAUAGACAAUGUCAUGGCCUCCGAGUCUUUGUUCAUCGUUGCCGAGCAGAGCGCUGGCUCAGAUCCUGAAAAGAUUGACGUAGAGAUUCAAGGCCGAAGACUUUUUCGGCAAACGACUGAGAAGUUGGGAUUGAUCGUCUCGUAUGCGUUGCAAAAGCUGGCUUUGCCGCAUACUGUCACUCUGUGUUACCGCGAGGUACUGUCUUGGCCCUCCUUAAGAGCUGUGCGUGGUGGAGAAGGAAAGAUUGAAUUUGGAGAAGGAGUUAUUGAGCAAAUUCGACGGAUUGUAUUAGAGUUGAACCAUCGAAAUAAAGAAGAGUGA